AUGGCCCUUUCACGCAGCUGGGCCGCGCUCGCAGCAGCAGUCGCGGGUGCCUGUGUUGCGGACGCGGCGAUUGUUGAUGCCGGAACUCUGACGGGUGUCACGACAGAGGCACUUGUGUUCGACGAUCGCGCGAACUUACCCUCUGGAUGCCCACCAGUCGGUUGCGUGGGCGCCAAUACGAGAGACGGCAUCACGAGCGAUGAAUCUCGUUGGUCGUGUGCACCUUCGCUCGACUCCAGCGACUCUGGGUGCACCAUCACCUACACUCUCGAAGACGAGCAGCAUCUCGAAGCUCUGAAGAUAGCACUGUACCAGGGGGACACACGGACGAGGACCAUCGACAUCUCCGUAGAUGGAAACUAUGCCCUCAGUUGGACGAGCUCGGGAACGACCUCCGACUUCGAAAGCAUUGACCUCGGUGUCGAUGGUAAGGUCGUGGAGCUGGUCGGUGAUCUGCAGGACUCGGAAUGGCUCAGCAUCCUAGAGGUGGAAAUACUGGUCGACGAUGGCGAUGACGGUAGCGAGGUCGAUGUGGUGGAGGCCGGCGAACUGGGAACAGUCACGGCUACGGCAGAUCUCUACGACGAUCGACUCGGGGACACCGUUGGCUGCGACCCCGACGGGUGCACGGCAGCGCUCACAAGGGAUGGCGACAUGUCCGAGGAUUCCAGGUGGUCAUGUGCUCCCGAGCUCGGCGGCCUCUGCAGCAUCUCUUACGACCUUGGGGCUGAGUACAGCAUCGACGAGCUUCAACUCGCGAUGUACCAGGGUGACACCAGAGUACGCACAGUAGACGUGGCCGUCGAUGGAGAUCUUGUCACGACAUGGACCAGCUCGGGAACCACGAGCGGGUUCGAGAGCGUCGACAUGUCUGGAGCAACCGGUCAAGUUGUAACUAUCACGGGCGCUGAGCUGUCUGACUCCGAGUGGUUGAGCAUCGUCGAGACGGUGAUCAUGGUGUACAACGGAGUUGCCCCACCGCCCAGCCCCACGACACCGGCCACACCUUCUCCAACCCUCCCACCCACCACAGUCCUCAACCCCUGCUUGGACAGCACAAGCGAUUCCUACGUGUGCAGCCCAACCGACGACCUCCCCACCACCCUAUACGCGGGCUAGGUGAACGAAGUUACGACAAGGAUGCAGAAUGAGGUGUCAAGACGUGCCCUCCGAGAGCGCAAUACACAUGAAAAUGAAAACUCGGAUGUCCUGAAGCAAACGUCGUCAAUUCGUACAACUGGAUAUGGGUCUUUGGACGGGACAAUGGCAAGAAAAUCAUAACCGUAAGAACAUGCCGGAGUCAUUGACCUACUGUCGCCAGCAUGUACGAGUCGGACAGUCCUUGCAGACGUUGUCUCAGAACCAACCGGCAUGAUUUCUGCAACUGGGGUUUAUCCUCGGGUAAGCAGAGCCCAGUUUCUUUGGCUUGCGGGUGAAAAAACAAAACAGGUGGCUCUCCUUCCAGUCCGAGUUGACGACUCUGCCGGUGGGAAUCUUCUCGGGUUUGGACAAUCUCCUCGACCUAGACCUGUCGUACACCGCAAUGGAGACCCUCCCCGCCGGAGUGUUCUCCGGCCUUUCUGCUCUCACCAAGCUGAUGGGAUGCCACACGGUGAAAGGCCCUCCGAGACCUCCAGAGAAAUUCACUGGAGCAGCUUGGAGGCUUUGCCCGAGGGCCUCUUCGACGGAAUGACGAGCCUACAGACCCUGACCGUGUCGUCCUCUAAGCUGACCUCUCUGCCGGCGGGGGUUUUCAUGCGGUUGACCUCCCUCCAGUCCUUGGUGCCUCUUGAGUGACCACAAUGAUGAAUUGCCCCACCGCCGCUCUGUCGCUCUUUGAAACUUCUCCAACCUCAAUUUCAACGGAAACGUCGGCAACUAUGUACGGCGGUGGCUGCUGUUUGGCGUGCAGGACCCUGUCAACCGACACAGGGCGUUUCCCGGACAUCAACUUGCAAUGUCUUCCUGCUUCGACUGCUACGGAAAUCUCCACCUACUCUCAGCCCGUAGACAUUUCCGGUUGGACCUGUGAAUGUGAGCCUGUCGAGGCUAUCAUCUGCGAGACCGGGUCAUGCCAGCCUGGAGUCGGAGGCUACACCUGCGAAUAACAGGAUCAGCACCGUGUGAGGCAACCACGAGCCCCUCUGCCGUUUCAUUCAACAAAAGAAGCCCAAGAGCGGGCACCGUCUGCUACGCCGUCGGAUGUUUAUAGAUUGUGUUGGCCCAGGGGGCCGCCAGCCGCCACAAUUCUGCAGUAGAUAGAAGAGUUGAGGACUUUUUGCAUAUCAUGCCCGUUGCUUGCAGCCGAGUUCAAUGAAAAGUUGGGGUUUUUGGCGGGGAUGGAGGAUAGAA